UCAGCCCCAAGCCUGAACCUGUCCUCCAGCAAGACCCAGUGCACUUUCCUCUGCUGCAUUUUUCUCCAUUUGCCUCUUUUAUUUUUUUUUAAUUUUUUUUCCCUUUUCAUUUUAAUGAAUCCCUUAAAACAGGAGUAAAACUUUAACCAAAUGAGCUGAUUAAAGCUUAUAUAAUCCUCUCAAGGACCCUUCAAUCAGGAUCUCUUUGUCGCAAGGGGGAAAACAGGAAUCUAGGAAGGUUUCAGCACCCCUAACAAAGGUGCCUAGUGACAUUUGCAAAGCAGGUGACUGAUGGUGGAUUUUAACAAGUCCUGUUUUGUUUGCCUUAGAAGGAACACCCCUUCUGCUGGGUUACCUGGAAGAUUCACAGACACAGGGACUCUAAUCUAAAGCCACAGGUGAAAAUCCAUGGCAGACGCACCUCGAUCAAACUAAAAAGCUCUUUUGCCAGCUCUCCUGUGGAUAUUUCAGCACUGGGAGCAACUCCGCAGCAGCAUCUUAGGUAAACGCCAAAUCUCUCCAGGGCUCCAAGGAUUCUUCCAUCAGUUCUCUAAAGCCCCAAUCUGUUGCACACCAGAUACCCUUUGAGGGGAGUGACCUACGGAGCACUGGAUCUAGGAGCGUGACAUUCAAUUACAGAAGGAGACGCAUUAGCUCAGAGGCAGCAGCAGCCCCACAAUCACCGUUCUGGUUUGAGAUCCAUGCAGCUCUAGAAGUAUUUUGAAUCCUGGAGUAUUUUUUGUAGCCUGGGGUUAUUUCUGAGGGCAAGGUGCUGCCAGCGGGACCAUGUCUUUUGCCGAAUUCUUACACCAGGUGGGCGGUAUGGGACGUUUCCAAAUUAUCCACACAAUGUUGCUUACCAUCCCUAUCGUGCUGAUGGCCAGCCACAACCUCCUGCAGAACUUCACCGCCGCCAUCCCAGGACACCACUGCCAAGUCCAUAUCGAUGCCAACAACACUGGCUACCCUAAUGCCACCCUGCGCCUGGACUCCAAGGACCUGCUCCGGGUCGCCAUCCCUAUGGACAGGAACCGGCAGCCGGAGAAGUGCCGCCGCUUUGUCACCGCUCAGUGGCAGCUCCUAGACCCCAAUGUCACCGAGCCCAAUGGAACUCAGCUGGACACAGAGCCCUGCACGGAGGGGUGGACCUAUGAUAGGAGCAUGUUCACCUCCACCAUCAUUACUGAGUGGGACCUGGUGUGUAACUUGCAGAAGUUCCAGCAGAUGGCUCAGUCAAUCUACAUGGCCGGGGUGCUGGUGGGAGCACUCGUGCUAGGCGGUCUCUCUGACAGGUUUGGACGCAAGGCAAUACUGAUUUGGUCCUUUCUGCAGCUGGCUGUGAUGGGAACCUGCACGGCCUUCGCCCCCAGUUACAUCUCCUACUGUAUCUUCCGCUUCCUGGGUGGGAUGGCUCUGUCUGGCUUUGGGCUCAACACCGCCUGCCUGAUUGUGGAGUGGAUCCCCACUGAGUUCCGUACCAUCACCAUUGCCACCACAGGAUUCGUCUACACCCUGGGCCAGAUCCUACUGGCGGGCUUGGCAUAUGGCAUCCCAGACUGGCGCUGGCUCCAGCUGACUGUGUCUUUGCCUUUCUUCUUCUUCCUCAUCUAUUCCUGGUGGUUCGCAGAAUCUGCUCGCUGGCUGGUUCUGGCAGGUAAAGAUGACAGAGCAGUGAAGGUGCUCCAAAGGGUUGCCAGAAUGAAUGGGAAAUGGGAAGAAGGGGAGAAGAUUACCACAGAGAUCCUAAAAUCCAAAAUGCAGAAGGAACUGUCAACAGUGAAGUCCUCCUACACUAUCUCGGAUCUGGUACGCACGCCCGCCAUACGCCAGAUAUUCUGCUGCCUCUCAAUUGUGUGGUUCUCUACCAGUUUCUCCUAUUAUGGGCUGGCCAUGGACCUGCAGAACUUUGGCGUCAGUAUCUAUCUGAUCCAGUUGAUUUUUGGAGCUGUCGACUUCCCGGCCAAAGUGGUGGUCACCAUCUCCAUGUCCUAUAUUGGGCGCAGGAUCACGCUCUCAGCCUUCCUCCUCCUGGCUGGGCUUGUCAUCAUUGCCAACAUCUUUGUGCCCAGAGAGCUGCAGAUAGUCCGCACGUCACUGGCUGUGAUUGGGAAGGGAUGUCUUUCAGCUGCGUUCAACUGUGUGUUUCUAUUCACAACCGAGCUCUACCCUACACCGAUCAGGCAGACCGGACUGGGCUUUGGAAGCACCAUGGCCCGGGUAGGAGGUAUUGUGGCUCCCCUGGCCAAGAUGUUGGAUGACUACUUCACCUUCUUGCCGCCAGUCGUCUACGGUGCUGCCCCAAUCAUCUCUGGCAUUGUGGCCACUCUCCUCCCGGAGACUCUCAACCAACUACUGCCAGACACUGUGGAGGAGGUGGAGAGCAGGUCUCAAAUGAAGAGGGGUAAAGACACCAAAGAGAAGAUUCCCCUUCAGAACCAGAAGAAAGUUCUGCUCAAAGAGACUUGUGCUCGACCCCGGUUGUUGGCCCAGGAGCUGAGAGACCUGUGCAAGUGGUGGCUGCAGCCCGACAGGUGGAACCCCGAGGAGCUCACUGAGCAAAUCAUCCUGGAACAAUUCGUCCAUAUCCUCCUGUCACGGGGCGUGGCCCCAGUCCCCCUGAUCUCUAUGCCCAUUGUGGAAACGCCAUUUGAGUGGGUGGUCAUGGAUUUGGUGGGACCCCCCCCGAGAAGCAGGGCAGGGUUUCUGUACAUCCUAGUCAUCGUGGGCUAUGCUACCCGUGUUCCCAAAGCCAUCCUGCUCUGGAGCAUCACUGCCAGGACCAUCGCUGAGGAGCUCGUCAAAGUCUUUGCCCGCGUGGGCUUGCCUCAGGAGAUCCUUACUGAUCAGGGCACCAACUUCACCUCCAGGCUGCUGCGGCAGAAUGUUCACCGCCCAGCCAGGUUACAUGACCCUCAUUUACCAUACCAUCCAGACGGAGCCGGGGGGGUGGUGGUGGUGAUCCAGGAAUCAAAUAGGCCCUUGCCACAUCGUAUGCAGCAGGGCGUAGAGGAGGAAGUCCGGGAGAUGUUGGCGCUGGGGAUUAUCAAACUGUCACAAAGCGAAUGGCACAGCACGGUAGUCCUGGUUCCCAAGUCAGAUGGGACACAGUGCUUCUGUAUUGAUUUCCACUGUGUCAAUUCCAUUUUGAAAUUCGAUGCAUACCCGAUGUCCUGGGUCGAUGAACUGCUGGACCUCUUAGGCCAGUAUCCCUUGCUCACUACCCUCGAUCUGAGCAAAGGAUACUGGCAGAGCCCCCUCGACCCCGUCACUCAGGAAAAGACCGCAUUUGCCACCCCCACGGGCCUCUACCAGUUCACUCGAAUGCCCUUUGGACUCUAUGAUGCCCCAGCAACUUUCCAGCAGUUGAUGGACCACCUCCUUCAACCUCAUCAAGAGUAUGUGGCCGCAUACCUGGAUGAUGUCGUUAUUUACAGAUGCCGUUGGGAGAACCACCUGGAACGGGUAGCGGCCAUCCUGAGGUCCCUGCGGGCAGCGGGAUUAAAGGCCAAUCCAAAAAAAUGUCGUAUUGGAUGGCAGGAGAUCACCUACCUGGGGGUCUUGGGGGGGAACAAUCCUCCACGAGAGACAUGGAUUUAUCCAAAAAUUUUUACGCACCUGGCAGAGAAUCAGGAGCGACAGCAGGCGGCUCAGCUCCAACAGCAACAGCAGCUCAUCCAACAGCUGGGGGCACAGCAGCAGCAGCUGAUUUGGGACCUGACCGUGCAGAACCGAGAGUUUCAGCAGCAAUGCUUGCAGCAGCUGGCGACGGCACGGCCUCGCCCCACGGAGCCCCAGCCGGGAAACACGGCUGGGUCACCCUGCCCCCCACCGCCCGUGCGGCUGACUAAGAUGGGACCGAAGGAUGACCCCGAAGCCUUUUUGGUGACUUUUGAAAGGGUGGCACAUGUCACAGGGUGGACACCCGACCAGUGGGCCACCCUUUUGGCCCUGUAUUUGACAGGGAUGGCCCAAACCGUGUACUGGGGGCUAUCUGUGAACGAUGCCCGGGACUAUGCCCAGAUAACGGCGGCAAUUCUAGAUGCCUUAGACAUCAGCCUGGAAACCUUCCGACAGAGGCUCCGGAGUCUGUCCUACACCCCAGGUUCUCGACCCCUGUUGUUGGCCCAGGAGCUGAGAGACCUGUGCAAGCGGUGGCUGCAGCCCGACAGGCGGAACCCCGAGGAGCUCACUGACCCCAACGUCACCCCAGCGUUGGAGGCGGACUCCUGCGAGGACCCCGCCAAGGAGGUAGAAGAACUGGACCCUAUUACACAGGAAGAAGAGCCUGAGGACCCCCCGCCUACAUCUGCUGACGACCCCAGGGUUGACAUUGACUUCUGCCGGGACCAAUUGAGGGACCCUACCCUUAGUCAGGCAUAUGAGCAGCUGGCGGCCGUGGAUGGCGCUCUCAUUGAUCCAGGCCGAGCCCAGCUGCAGGGCACCUGGGUCAGGAAAAGACUCUUGCCUGGAUUCUUCUGGCCCGGGGUGCACCAGGAGGUACGGGAGUAUUGUAGCUCCUGUCCGGAGUGUCAGCUGGCUGCUCCCCCAUGGACAGCCCCAAUCCCCAUGCCCAUUGUGGAAACACCAUUUGAGCGGGUGGCCAUGGAUUUGGUGGGACCCCUCCCGAGAAGCAGGGCAGGGUUUCUGUACAUCCUAGUCAUCGUGGACUAUGCUACCUGUGUUCCCGAAGCCAUCCCGCUCCGGAGCAUCACCACCAGGGCCAUCGCUGAGGAGCUCAUCAAAGUCUUUGCCCGCGUAGGCUUGCUCUUGGCAAUUCUUACUGACCAGGGCACCAACUUCCCCUCCAGGCUGCUGCAGCAGGUUUGCAACUUCCUGGGGAUUAAUCAACUACACACCUCCAUUUACCACCCACAAACUGACGGCCUGGUAGAACGGUUCAACUGCACCUUGAAAACCAUGCUGCGCAAGUUUUCCCUAGAGGACCUGCGCCGUUGGGAUCAGUUGCUCCCACCUCUGCUCCUGGGCGUCUGCAAAGAAAAGAACACGUUUGCCAUCCCCAUGGGCCUCUACCAGUUCACUCGAAUGCCCUUUGGGCUGUAUGGUGCCCCAGCAACUUUAGGUGCCCCAGCAACUUUCCAGCAGCUGAUGGACCACCUCCUUCAACCUCAUCAAGAGUAUGUGGCCGCAUACCUGGAUGAUGUCGUUAUUUACAGAUGCCGUUGGGAGAACCACCUGGAAUGGGUAGCGGCCAUCCUGAGGUCCCUGCGGGCAGCGGGAUUAAAGGCCAAUCCAAAAAAAUGUCGUAUCGGAUGGCAGGAGACCACCUACCUGGGGUACACUAUCGGGAGGGGACAAGUGAGACCUUUCGUAGGAAAGGUUCAGGCCCUAGUGGCAUGCCCACCACCCAUCACGAAGCGUCAAGUACGCCAGUUCCUCGGACUGGCAGGCUACUACCGACGAUUCAGCCCCAAUUUCGCCUCCAUCGCAGCCCUGCUAAUGGGACUCUUGACCAAAGCUAUCCUCCAAUGUGUGGUGUGGACCCAGGAGUGUGACCGCGUCUUCCAGGCCCUCAAAAACAGUCUCUGCCACAAGCCGUCCUAUACAGCCCCGACUUUAACCGAGAGUUCAUCCUUCAGACGGACGCCUCAGAGCUACCCCGAGGAGCAGCCGCGUGUACCCCUCGCCAGCUACCCUGAGGAGCAGCUGAGCCUACCCUUCUCUAGUUACCCGGAGGAACAAAUGGUGCUGGAAAUUGCUGAGGAUGCCAGCCAAACCCAGAUACCUUACGAUGGGGAGUCCGGAAUCUUCCAAUCCGGCACCAUGAGUUUUGCCGAGCUCUUAGACCACGUUGGGGGGAUGGGUCGCUUCCAAAUAAGCUGUGUUAUCUUACUGGCUAUCCCAGUUUUCAUGAUGGCCAGCCAUAACCUCCUGCAGAACUUCACUGCUGCCACCUCUGAGCACCACUGCCAUGUCCAUAUCAACAUCAGCAACACUCCUGACACCAAUCUUACUGGAACGCUCGCUGCCAAGGACCUCCUCAGGGUCUCAAUCCCCAUGGACAGCAAGAUGCAGCCAGAGAAGUGUCACCGCUUUGUCACUAUGCAGUGGCAGCUCCUAGACUCCAACGCCACAAUCACAAACCUGACCAAGCUGGAGACUGAACCUUGUGCUGAUGGGUGGGUGUACGACAAGAGCAUUUUCACCAGCACCAUCAUUACAGAGUGGGACCUGGUGUGUGACUUCCGGCAGCUGAAGCAGAUGGCUCAGUCCAUCUACAUGGCUGGGAUCCUGGUGGGAGGCAUCAUCUUUGGAGGUCUGUCAGACAGGUUUGGCCGCAGGUCUGUCUUAAUCUGGUGCUACUUGCAGAUGGCUGUCACGGGCACCUGCACUGCUUUCUCGCCCAGCUUCACUGCCUACUGCAUCUUCCGUUUCCUGACUGGAAUGGCCUCCUCGGGCAUUGUGAUGAACGGUGUCUCUCUGUCUGUUGAAUGGACACCCACCCGCACACGGGCCAUUGUGGGCACCACGUAUGGAUACUGCUACACAACUGGGCAGUUCAUUCUGGCUGGAAUGGCUUAUGCCAUCCCCAAUUGGCGCUGGCUGCAGCUUGUGGUGUCUUUGCCCUAUUUCAUCAUCUUCAUCUGCUCCUGGUGGUUCGCAGAGUCCGCUCGCUGGCUCGUGAUAGCCGGCAGACCCGACGAGGCAGUGAAGCAGCUCCAGAGAGUGGCCAGGAUAAACAGGAAGAAGGAAGAAGGAGACAAACUCAACUCAGAGGUCUUGAGAUCCAAUAUGCAGAAAGAAAUAGCCUCUGCAAAGAGCAGCUAUACCUUCAUCGACCUGGUGCGGACCCCUGUCGUACGCCAGAUCUCCUUCUGCCUCUGCUUUGUAUGGUUCUCCACCAGCUUUGCCUAUUAUGGGUUGGCCAUGGACCUGCAGAAUUUUGGUGUCAAUAUCUUCUUGAUCCAGCUGGUUUUUGGAGCUGUUGAUUUCCCAGCGAAGUUCAUCUCGGUCCUCACAAUCAGCUUCGUCGGGCGCCGGUUCACACAGGCCUUGGCCCUCAUCCUGGCUGGACUCUCUAUCCUAGCCAACAUCUUUGUCCCACAAGAUCUGAAGAUCCUGCGCACCGUUCUGGCUGUCUUUGGAAAAGGCUGUCUCGCUGCCUCCUUUAACUGCGUCUACCUCUACACGAGUGAGCUGUACCCCACAGUGAUUAGGCAGACCGGCAUGGGUUUGACCAACACCAUGUCGCGCCUGGGCAGCAUAACUGCCCCAUUGGUAAAGAUUUUGGAGGAAUACAUUCCCUUCCUGCCACUGAUCAUUUAUGGAGCUGCCCCAAUCAUCUCUGGCGUUGCAGCAACCUUCCUGCCCGAGACGCUCAACGUGCCAUUGCCUGAGACCAUAGAGGAGGUGGAGACACGAUCCAGGCAUCUGAGAGAUGAAGAACAACAAAUGAAGAUCCUUCUGAAACCCACCAUGCCAGACUCAGCCAAGGAAGCCAGUUAAGGAAAGAAAAAAUGAGUAACUGUUGUAGAGUCUACGGGUAAAAUUUUCAAAAGUGCCUUAGGAAACUAUGUUCCAUUUUCACCAGUGACUUAGCCACUUCCAUGCCUCAUCUACCUGAGCACUUCUGAAAAUCCCACUGGGCACUUAUCUGAAUCUCUUGGUACCUAAGUACCUUUGAAAAUGUGGCUCCCAAUCACUUUUGAAAGUGGGGGCUUAGGCACUUUUGAACACUCCACCCUCUCUCUUUUACUGUUUUAAUCAUGGUAGAAGUAAUAUGCAGGCAUCAGUGACAACUCCAUAGGGGUUGAAUUUUGCACUUAAUGCAGGGAAUCAAUCUCUUCAAAAAGCAUGUUUACCUCCAAAUCACAGCAGGAAUUUAUACCACGGGACCUGCUGGUGUGUAAGGUGGGGGACACGACUCAAUUACUCUGUGUGGCUCCUCCAUGAAGUUCAAAACCUGGUGUUGCACUCUGCUGCGAUCCAACAUAUGGUACCCAACAGCUCAGCAAAUAUUUUUGGGCCAGAUCCUCAGCAAGCGUUAAUCCACGUAGCUGAGGAUUGACCCAGUACUGCAGGACAGUCACGCAGUGGCAAUUCUUAAGGGAAUUCUGUAAGAAUAUGUACAGAAAUGGUGGCAGAAUAUAGGAACUGCUGGACUGAUCGCAGCCAAGGUCCAUGUAGUCUCUCUAACAGUGGUCAGUGAUAGAUGCCUUAUAGGAAGGUGUGAGAAAUCUGCAGUGGGCAGAUAUGAAAUAAUCUCCCCACCAUUAAGUCUCAUCCUGAUCUUGAACAGUCAUUAAAGUUGGGCAAAUUAUGGAUUUUUCAGCUCACUCGCAAUUUGGAAAAAUCAAGGGAAAACACACACAUUUUGGCUGGAAAUGAAAUUGUUCAAAAUUUUCAGCAAAUCAAGAGUAAAAAAUUUGUUUCAAACUAAACAUUUUGCUUUGAUUGCAAAUUGCUUUUAAACUUUAGUAUUUUGUAUAAAACAACAAUUAAAGGAAAUUUCUAAACGAAGUUGUUUCAAAUCAAAAGAUCAAAACAUUUAAGACUUUUUGGGGAUUUUUCCCCCUGAAACGAACAAUUCAGCAAAACCAACAUGAAAUGAUGAACUAUUGUAGUGUCACCAAAUCUGCAUUUUUCAUCCCAAAACAGUUUCAGCUGAAAAAUUUCUCACAGCUCCACUAGUCACAGAUUGGCUUAAGGCCCGAAGCAUGAGGUUUAUAUGCCUUCUAAAAACUUUAUUUUAUUACUGAUAUUCCUGUUACCCAUAGAGAUGUCAAGUCCCCCCUUUGAAUCUCGCUAAGUUGUGGCCUCGAUGUCAUCCGGUAUCAGUGAGUUCCACAGUCUAAUACUGUCAUGCCAGAAAGGAUAUUUCCUUUGUUCAGUUUUGAAAACAGGAAAGGGAACCCAGGAGUCCUGAUUCUCAGCUUCCUCUGCCCUAGCCCGCUACAUUUCACUUCCCUCAGA